CUUAGACACGACUACGCAAGUGCUACUUAUCUCAGUACCUAAUGACUGCGGACGCGAGAAUUCGACGCUUGUCUUCAACUAAAGAUAGAGCUGAAGACAUUACUUUUGCCGUGGAGAUCAAAUCCAUCAUCCCCCUCAAACCUAGCAAGACCAACUUUCCAAAUGCGGAGAUGAGGCCAUUUGUCCCUCACCGACCGAAAGAGAGCUUACAGUCGAUGACCGAAUCUGAGAUACAGAUCCAGAGGAGCACACACGAAUCGAUAGCCACCGCUCUGCAAUCUCUCCAUGGUAUAAAGGCAACGACGCACCAUCAGAUACAGGAACAUAGAUUAGAGCGAAGUGACUACUGGAGAACACAUUGGAUAGUGUACAAAGCCAACUCUGCUGUCCCAGAGUUUGUAAGCUAUAAAGAUGGAGACGACGAGCGGCCGAUCAUCGACGAGGACGCAGCAGAAUGCAAUAGAUAUGUGUGGGUCCCAGUAGAGUUGUGCUCGCCGAAACUGUGUUGGAAGGGGAGGCAGGAGGCGGCAGCCGAUAUAGGCUCGGUGUGCAGGACGCUGCAGGACGGCUUCAACGCCGUGGCCAACCACUCCACCGAGGUCCACGUCCACGUCGGGCGCCACGACGGGCGGUUCUACUCGCUCAAGAGCAUGAAGAAACUGGCCACGGUGCUCUGGCUGGCCGAGCCAAUCCUACGGGGGCUCAAGGACCCGAACUCACGCAAUUUUGACCACACCUUCACCUGGGGCUUCCCCUGGCGGGAACACAGCCGCAUCGCACUGGCCCUGCAGGGCAGGCUGCCGGACGGGCAGACAAUCAACGACCUCGCCACGGGCCCCGAGGACGACUUCGACACCUUCCUGGCCCGGGCGAACAACGCCCGCGUGACGGGCGAUGGGGCCGUCGGCGGAGGCAACGGCAUUGGCGAGGCGGAUAAGCUCCGAUUCGCCGACGAGCACCGCUUGGCGCUGCGGGCCAUCUGGCGGGCAUCAACACACAAGGAGCUGGGCAGGAUGCUCUGCGGCACCGAGGCCAAGUACCGGCGGCUGGGCUUCAACUUCCACGCGCUGGGCGGGGAGGACGCGCGGGCCCGGGCGAGCCCGCGGACGGUCGAGUUCCGGUUCCUGGAGGGGUGCAUCGACGAGGGGGUCGUUGCCGGCUGGGUGCACGUGUGCGUGGCCCUCGCCAAGCUGGCCAUCGACCAGGUCGAGGACUGGGAGUUCUACGACAUGGUCGUGCUGCUGCUCGCCAUGCCCGCCGAGUGGAGUCUCGACGCGAAGUUCCUUGCCAUGAUGCGCGAGCUCGGCAUCGCCAGGGAGGCGUAUGAGCCUCUGCAGGACAUUGUGCGGAGGAAUUAUCCGCCUUCUGAUGGAGUAGCAGCGGAUGGGGACAUCGGAGUCAUAAUUUAAUUAGCAGAUGGCAUGC